AUGGACACGGUUGGAUACUCUAGAACAUCUGCAUCAGCAGUUUCUCAUGCAUCUUCGGUAGAAUUGGCCAGAAUUCAAAUGCUUAAGGCAGUUAAGACUCAAUUUUACAUUCAUAAAUCAUUUGAUAUUCAAUCUGAUAUGGAAUUUUUACCAGCUAUCCCAACUGAAUACGAACAUAUGAGCAUUAGGAAACCUAUGGCUCAAGUGCAAAGCAUGCCAUCUCCAGUGAUGUCACCAUCUAUCCAAUACUCUGGUAGACCAGAUGCUUAUCAUUCUCCCGCAGCACAACUCAAUGAACUUUUAAAAACUCCAAAGAGUAGACCAACUUAUAUGAACCAACAAUCUCCAAAGCAAAGAACACCAACUAGUUCUGCAGGUGUAAACAUGAACUUCCGUAAAAGGGUCGUUUCUAACACACAAGUCGGAUCUGGAGGUAUCCAUGUAGUUGAUCCAAGUCAAAUCCAACAGCUGCAAAAUAGAAUGAAUGUAUCAUCUAGAAACUGGUAG